AUGAAUAAGUUCUUAGUAUUGGGUGUUGUCCUAGGUCUACUUUCAAUGGCGCCGCUUCCAUCACCGAAGGAAAUUGGUGGACACGGUGGAAAAGGAAUAGGUGACAUUGGAUAUACUGGUAUUGGAGGUCAUGGCAUUAAAGGUAUUGGAGAUGGUGGCAUUGGAGGCGGUGACAUUAAAGGUGGCAGCAUUGGAGGCGGUGGCAUUAAAGGUGGCGGCAUCAAAGGCGGUGGCAUUGGAGGUGGUUCCAUAAUAGAAUCUUGUCCUCGACCCUCCCCUCAGGUCAUAAGAUGUCUGCAACAAUGGGCGUGUGAGCAAGUCCUUCGAGUGGAUCUGCGCUGCCUGCUGAAAAUAAAUAGAAAUAGUCUUCUCGCCAACCUGGUAAGGGUGCCUGGCCUAACGAGCGGUACACACGGUGCUCACGGUGCACACGGACUGCUAACUGGCUAG